AGCCUCUCAAGCCAGCUCCAGCUCUCCAUCAACAACUACCAAUACCGCAAUCGCUCUCGUUCCCAUCUAAUCGCAAAGCACUCUUUCACAUCCGCCUCGAUACAUCAUGGCAUCCACAGAUCCCAAGACCACAGACGACAAGCCCGCUGAGCAGAAGCCAGAGCAGAAGCCCGCCGCUCUCGGCGAGGACGACGAGUUCGAGGACUUUCCCGUCGAUGACUGGCCAGAGGAUCAGACCGAGGCUGCAAAGGGCAGCGGCGAGACAAAGCAUCUUUGGGAAGAGAGCUGGGACGACGACGACACAAGCGACGAUUUCUCGCAACAACUUCGAGAGGAAUUGAAGAAGGUCGAGGCUGCUAAACGCCGAUAGAGUCAUGUUGUAACGAUACCGCGAUUCGAAGGGAAUUAUAGAAUGGGAAGGGCGAGUCUGUAGGAAAGACAGAUUACAUGAAAUAAUCAAAUACCAAUAGAGGCGCGCGAAAGCGCCAUGAAGCAUUGUUGAACGUUUUGAACGUGCGUUGGCUGUGUACACUUGCAUUAACGAAACGAUCAAGUUGUCAAUGCUUCCUGAGUGACAGACAGAAAUACCUGGACAAGUUCAUGCUAAACUCAGUAAGCUAUAUUUUCUGUUCCCUCGUUCAGAGUCUUAAGAACUUCGUUGUCUGUAGCUUGAGCC